AUGGGGUUCCUUGACUUUUGCUGUUGCUUGGCCGGCGAGCUUUCGUCAACCGCACAGAACGGUGACUCGCUUUGGGGCACGCUCCUAGCCCAAGCUCUUCCACUAUUUAUCCUUGGGAGUGGAGGAUUCAACGUUAUCCCAUGGGGCGACAGGGAGGCCGGGUCGAGCAAUCCUUUUACUGAUGCACCUCACACUGGUAUAACGCGGAGAUACGAGUUCAACAUCAGUCGAGGUAUAAUCGCGCCAGAUGGGUAUCAGAAGGAAGUGUUACUUGUUAAUGACCAAUUUCCCGGGCCGCUUGUUGAGGCCAACUGGGGUGACUAUAUCGAGGUGAAGGUCACCAAUUCCAUUAACGAUGGUCCACCGGAAGGGACAGCCAUUCACUGGCACGGUUUCUUACAAACAGGAACGCCAUGGAUGGACGGCGUUCCCGGUGUUUCUCAAUGCCCGAUUGCCCCUGGAAAAAGCUUCACUUACAAAUUCCGAGCCGAGCUAUACGGUUCAUCUUGGUAUCAUUCCCACUACUCCGCUCAGUACUCAGGUGGUCUCUACGGUCCUAUGGUCAUCUACGGCCCAAGAAAUUUAAACUAUGAUAUCGAUCUUGGCCCGAUCAUGGUUAACGACUGGUCACAUAGAAACUAUUAUGCGGUCGUCCAAGAGAUUAUGGGUCCUGAUUCUAAUGGACUGACCUACACGGACAACAACCUAAUCAACGGAAAGAUGAACUUCGACUGUUCUACACUGGAUGCCGACGAUGAGACACCUUGUACAGAUAAUGCCGGGCUAUCCAAAUUUAUCUUCCGACCGGGUAAGACUCAUCGGCUUCGAUUCAUCAACUCUGGCGCGGAGGGUACCCAGCGCAUCUCUAUCGAUGAACAUAAUAUGACGGUUAUAGCCAACGAUUUCGUCCCAAUCAAGCCCUACGACACCCAAGUUAUCACUCUCGGCGUUGGUCAGCGAACCGAUGUGCUUGUGCAUGCUCAUGCCGAUGCAGGAUCUGCAUUUUGGUUAAGAGCAAACAUCACGUCCUGCUCUUAUACGAAACAGCCGUUGGCACUCGCUGCUAUCUAUUACCAGGGCGCCGAUAAUACUUCUGUUCCAACUAGUACCCCAUGGGACAUCCCAGAUCCGGGCACCUGCGAGAAUGACGACCUAGCACUUACUGUGCCUUAUUACCCCAUAGCUCUACCCGAACCGUCUUGGACCCAACAUAUGGACGUUAGCGCAUACAUCAAUUCAAGUGGUAGCUUACUCUGGGAAUUUGGUGGCGUCGCUGCGAGGGUGGACUACAACAACCCGACUCUUCUCCAGGCUCGCAAGCAAGGUGGCUUCCAGUAUAAAGCUGAGUCUAACCUGAUAAACUAUGGGACAAAUUCAUCGAUCCGCAUUAUCAUCAAUAAUCCCGCAGAGUCACCCCAUCCGGUACACGCGCACGGUUUGAAUAUGUAUGUGCUUGCAGCUGGACAAGGUAACUACACCGAAAACUCGCUAUCGCGCCUCAAUACGAAGAACCCCAUGCGCCGCGAUGUCCAAAUGGUCGCCGCCAAGGGCCACCUCGUUGUGCAGCUAGACGCGUCCAAGAGUCCAGGAAUCUGGCCUUUCCACUGUCACGUCGCCUGGCACGCAUCUGCCGGCUUCUUUUCACAGAUGAUUUUUAAGCCAGAUGAGCUAUUAACUCCCCAAUAUGAUAUCCCACACGAUGUCAGCCAGACGUGUCGUGAUUGGGCUGAGUUCACUAAUGGUGUCGUUCCCGAUCAAAUCGAUAGCGGGUUGAAGGCAAGAGCGGAGAUAGUGAAGCAAGAAAGGAGUGCUACCUUAUUGCGAUGA